AUGGAAGAUUCAAUCACGAUGAACAACAUGAAGCAGUUUCAUAAACAAUCAGAUGCAAAUCAAAGGAGAGAUGAAGAAAUGUCGACUAGUCAAACCCAACCUUGCUCACCUAAAUCCUCAUCGAUAUAUCCCAAGAUUCAUCAAUUACAUCCUCAAAGAACAUCGUUUCCUCUUCACCCUAAUCGGAAUCUUGAUCGGUUUUGCCUUCGUCAUCCUGAGACCAUCGUUUACCACCAUCCGAUACUGGAUAUGAAAUCCCAUAUGUGCAACGGAAGAGAAAGUUCACGAAGAAGAAGUCAUCUAUCGGAUCAGUGCUUUCCGGCAAAACCAGAAGGAUAUGAGAAGGGAAAGAGAGUGGUAGUUGCUUCCUCCAGUGCGCUUCUCAUCUCGUCAGUUGAUAGCAUCACGAGCAGUUGCAGCGGGCACGAGGGUGCUGGCGGAGAUGUGGUUGCCGGUGUUCCUAGGUGUCGACGAUGGUGA